AUGUCUACCUCGAAGAAAGGACCAACUCCAGAUGAUCAGAAAAUAAAAGAGCAGGGAAAUAAAUCGUUGGAUGAAUUAUCCAGUGAUUACGCUGGGAAAUCAGUGGAGUUGGAAUUGAUUAGAGAAGUUUCUGAAGCAAUGGAGAAGAGAUUAGAGGGACGAAAGAAAGAUUUUGUUGAGGAAAAAGAGAAAUUGGAAAAUAUUCACCAGCAAAUCUGGGGCUCGAUCGAUGCAUUUUGCGACUCCAUCUGGAAGUUUUCAGCAGAUCACGAUGUUCCUGGUGUCAUCAAUAAUUACCUGGACAGACCCUCGAGGAUAUCCUCCAAGAAAGCAGUAGAAGACCCAGAGAAAAUUCAGUACCUGAAUUAUCAGAUCAGCCUUCUCACCGAGGAAAUCAAGACCCUUCGAGAAAACAUCGAGGCACUUGACUCGGAAAAGAAAUCCGCAGAGUUAAAAGUGCUUGACGAUAAAAAACCGAAAUUUCCACUUCAAGAAUCUCAAAAUAAUAAUCAGGAAUCGAUGAAUUUCUCAAUGAAUAGAAAAAAAGUUGCUUUUCAGGAUGAGAAGAAAAUUCCUGAACUCCCACAACCACUGGAGUUUGAAAAUUCUCCAGAAAUGAGAGAAGAGUGUCAAAAAAUUGAGCUAAAACCCAAAAGUUCAACAUUUUCGGUGAAGAGAAAGAGCAAAAUCUGCGAAAAUUUCGAGAGAAAUCUCUGGACUAAAUAA